GGGGCGGGCGCCGCCAUCUUGGUGCGGGUGGCGUCCCCGCCGGUGCCUGAGGGAGGAGGAGCGGGGCCGCCGCCGCCAUGCCGCAGUUCCAGAACUGGGAGGAGUUCAGCCGCGCGGCGGAGAAGCUCUACCUGGCCGACCCGAUGAAGGUGCGUGUGGUUCUCAAGUACAGGCAUGCUGACGGGACUUUGUGCAUGAAAGUGACAGACGAUGCCGUUUGUUUGGUCUAUAGAACAGAGCAAGCUCAAGACGUAAAGAAGAUUGAGAAAUUCCACAGUCAGCUCAUGCGCCUCAUGGUGGCCAAGGAGCCCCGCACUGUGGCUGUAGCGGAAGCAGACUGAGGGACGUGCUUGAAGACUGCUGUGUUUAGAAAGUAAAUAUCUUUUGGAUUUGAGUAAGUGCUGGGACAGAGGAUACUGAUAGGGCUCUUCAGUGUGUAAUUUACAGGUCCAGGAAUAAAAAUGCUUUCAAUUAGAAAACCUUUAUUUUUGGAAAUUGAACAGGAUAUACUCAGAACAAUUUUUAUCAGUAAUGUGAAAAUAAAAUACCAAGAAAAGCCUACUCCUUAAACUUAGUUCAUUUGUCUUUUAAGAGAAAAUUAAAUAGAUCUCGUUUGGUUGGA